AUGCCCUUUCACAUCUGCCUCUGCAUUGAAUCUGAUCUUGAAGCCCGUCAACGAAAUGAAGAAGAACAAGCGCACAUGGCUCCGCAAAGGCAAAGUUCAUCUAUGCUGCACCGGAAGCACACGAUGCAGCGCUCCGGACCUGUUUAUGCUGAAGCCAUCAGUAUGAUUACCAUCAUUGUUGUCAUCAUGCUUACUUCAGUUGCUGCGGUUCACACAGUAGAAGAGCCUGAAGAGGUGAACUUACUCCGCGACAGCCGUAGCCAGGGUAUCCAAACCUGCCUGGCCACCAAUACAGCCGCCACACGACUGCAGAACUGCAGGUCAUCAUUCAUAGCACGUGUGCUUUUCCCGGGGGCUCUGUGGCAACGGAGCUAA